AUGUAUGUCGGCGUGGGAAAUGCCCAUGGCGUGUCCGUCUGGUGCCUGAUGACCGCUCGUACCCGUUGCCACCAGUCCACGAACUCUGCCAGAGCGAGCGCUGGCGCAAGGGUGGCUCCCGCUGGCGGUAGUCGCAUGGGCCGUGUGAAAGGCGGCGCCGCCAGCUCCGGGCGACCAUUCCCGGACCGACAGGGGAAGGCGGUCGCGCCGGUCGCGAGGACAGCACGCCAGACCAGCAAGACCAGCAAGACCAGCAAGACCAGCAAGACCAGCAAGACCAGCAAGCCAGCCGGCAACAGGCCAGGUGGCGCUCGGUACAGGACAGCUCGGGGGAUGCCCGCGACAGGAAAGACAAACAAACGACAAAAGGAAAGGCUCGGGGUGGCAAUGCUGCCGGCUCGGCCCACUCUCAUGUGGCAGCCGGCGUUUCCAUGGUGCGGCUCUGCUGGGAGUCUGGUGAUCGGCGGUGGCCACUGUUCCUGGCGACGACUGGCGGCGACUGGCGACGACCUGGACCUGGUGCGGCAGCGCCGGCUACCACCGCCCGUGUACAUGCACGCAGCAGAGCAGAGCAGACCCCUCCGGCCCAGCCAGGCAUACGAAGCCCGGUACUGCUGCACUGCAGCCGCGCGCUGA